AUGAAUAUCAUAUCCAUUAUUCUAUUGCUAUGGCACAUAGUAAUAAGUUGCUGCUAUGGAGCUGCAACAACCAGUGCAGCAUCAGCGCCUAUAGCAAAGCCUAAUUGCACAACGCAUUGUGGAGAUGUUGCCAUCCCAUACCCUUUCGGGAUUGGACCUAACAAGGAUUGUUACUUAGAUGAAUCGUUUCAAAUAGACUGCAGGCACAACAACUCUACAACCUCAGCUAAUUACAGCAGGCAAGUGCCUUUCCUCAAGAGCGUCAACCUGGAGCUGCUAAGUAUUUUCCGGUUGAAGAUGGCAGGCAAUCGCUGUGAGGGAAAGGAAACUCGCCAACCCCAGAAUUUGACGGGCAGUCCUUUCAUUUACUCUCGGACAGCCAACGCAUUAGUUGCAAUGCGUUGUGACCUCUUUGCCCGUAUGAUCUCAGAUCAUGGACCUGUCUCUGGAUGCGGGUCGUUUUGUGAAAGCAUUAAAGACGGCAACCUGGCUUUUGUGGAGGUAUUGGCUGUUGCGGAGGUGCUCUUCAACAUAUGA